AUGAGCGACUUGACUAUUGUUGCAUUAUGUCAAGUUCUAGCCAAUUUAACUCAUAAUCGUUGUCAUUUACUUGAAAAUUCAAAUACAUGUCGAUGUGUUGAUGAUAUCAUAGAUUCAAAACCAACUACGGUUGUCAGUACGGCACCUGAUAUAAUGUUGAGUGAAGUAUUGUUAAUAUUUUUUGUUUUAAUAAUAUGGCUUUCAGCUAUUGGAUUUUGUUUAAAUCAAUAUAAAUCACUUCGUCGUCUUGAAACUCAAGUACAUUAUUGUGUUAAUAGAAAAGAUCCACUAAAUAUAGGAGAUAUUAAAAUAGUUACACGUGAACAAGAUUCUAUAAUAUAUAAGAAAAAACGUUAUUCAACUGCUCCUGAUUCACAUAUUAAUCGUGAUGAAUUAAAAACUAUGCAAUAUGUUAAAGAAUAUUUACCAAAAAAAAUAACAACAACAUCAUCAACAACAACAACAACAACAACAACAGGAGUUCUUGUUGUUAGUCGAGAAAAUCUUACUGCAAAUAUACCUGUAUCAACAACAAUAUCUUUGUAUAAUCCACCAGGAUCUUUAACACAAAUACCUUACAUUCCAUUAAGUACGCAUAAUGAACUAGCUGAAGAACAACAAUUGCUAUCACCGUCAUCAUUGGAACCUAGUGUUUUAUUAGAAACAGACACUAAUAAACCUACCGAUUACAUAUCUUAUGUUAAUCGAACAGAAAGUGGUCGCUUAUCAACAGGUCUUACUAUACCAUAUAUCUCUACACCAAAUAGUUUAUCUUCAUCUUGGAAUGGUUCACGUAUGCAUGAAACAAGUUGUUCAACACAACAUUUAUGUGUACCAUCAAAUAGUCUUCGGUCCAAUCGUUAUUCUGAUGGUAAUAUAUCUUUAACUGUUCCACAAAAUUUACAAAAAAAUUCAGAAAAUCCAGAUGAACAAUUACUUGAUCCUCGAUUAAUACCGCAUACAGUUCGUCGAAGUUUAUUAGCUUUACAUCGUGAAAGUCAAGAAAAUAUUCAUACGCAUCGUACUAAAGAAAAGACUCAAUCAGAAAAUGAUGUUCAUAUUGCUUUUAUGCCAUGGAAAACAAAAAUGAAAUCAAAGUUAAAACGUACUCAUCAUCGUACUAAUCAACAACAGCAACAACCACAACAACAACAACAACAACAACAGAUUCGAUCACAUUCAAAUACACUUUCAAUUUUAUCAAUACGACAAAAUAGUAAUGAUCAAGAACGACGUAUAUCAGACUAUGCAAGAAUGAAUAAUGAAUAUCGAUUUUCAACCCCACCAUCACGUAAUUGUCCAUUAACAACAAAUUCACCGUUUCGACGAAGUUUAAGACAUUAUCCAAAGUAUACAACACAAAGUACAUCGGAAAGUGAAACAACACAAAACGAUUUACCGAUGAUUACAAGUAUUGAUGUAUCAGCCAAUGAUGAUGAAACAGCUAAAACAGUAAUUCAAACAGAUACACAAUACCAAUUAUCAUCAUUGUAA